AUGUCGACCAACGCAACCAAGAGAAAAUUCAAUACUUUACUGCAGGGACUUGGGUCGUCGACUUCGAAAACCGGCGAUGACACGAUAGCGCAUGAAACUGGCUCGACUACUUCUCCCGGCUCAACAGUUCGCGCCGCCGAUCUCGAGCUACUCCAGAAGCGACGACGACUUGGUUUCCCAGAUUCUACGGCACCCAAGCUAGGCAAGAGGGCGAAUCUAUCCGCUACCAUAUCUGCUAUCGUAUCUCGACGGACCCAAGGCCAGGACUCAUCCAAAACCUCCAAUGCCCCUCCCGUGCGAUAUGCGCCAUCCGAUCGAGGGGACCUUCUCAAACGGCUUGGUACUUUCCAAGAAAUAACGAGCUGGACUCCAAAGCCGGACAGAUUGAACGAGGUGGAAUGGGCGAAGCGCGGAUGGGUAUGCCAUGGCAAGGAAACCGUCCGUUGUCUACUUUGUCACCGUGAGCUGGUAGUCAAGCUUAAUCGCAAGGACGCGGAUGGUAAAGAGACCUCGGUAUAUGCGUCGUCCGAAAUCGAGGAGGCACUGGUCGAUAAGUAUGCGGACCUUAUUGUAACUUCACAUCAGGAUGAAUGUCUCUGGCGCAAACGAGGCUGCGACAAUUCUAUUCUGCGUCUGUCUUUGACCAAUGCUCAGACGGCUCUGGCCGCUUUACGCGAACGGUACGAUGAGCUGUUAACAAGAAAGGCAUUCUUACCAUACGAAUUCAAUCUUCGAUUGCCCGAUGAGCUGGGCCUGGACAAUGUUCUUUUACAACUUCCUAGCGAUUUCUUCACCAAACCAGCCCCCAUGAAAGAGGCCGAUGCUCAACCACACCGCGUCGCCUUGGCACUUGCUCUGAUGGGAUGGCAAGGGCUGCACAACCCCCGGAUUGGCGCAGUACCAAACUCAGCCUCUUGUCAUACAUGUCUCAGACGCCUGGGACUUUGGAUGUUCAAAAGCAAGGAAGUGGCCGAUGAUGGAGAGAUCAUAGUGCCUGCCCCCAUGGACUUCUUGGAUCCAGCCAGAGAACAUCGUUUCUUCUGCCCAUGGUCUAAUCCAGAAACCCAAAGGCAAGGACAUUCUCAAAGUCGACCUGGACAGGAUUUGCCAGGUUGGAGGAUAUUGGUGCAGACACUCGCCAACGAAGCCCAUCUUCGAAGCGUCUAUGAAGGACGCUCGCCUGUUCGACCGCGCACUCAACGUUCAGUGGGUGCACCCGCCACGCCCCAGAGACCUGGUACUGCUGCAUCCAUCAACACACCGAUCAGGACACCAGGUUCCGUUGCCGACUCCGGCUUGGAUACACCGGGCGCCGAAGACAACGACAAAGACAGGGAUGCAAAGGACAAGGAGCGAUGGGCAAGAUUGAAAAGGGUAAAGAGUUUAUUCGACAGUACGGCACACUCGACGAAAUCCAGUGGUGAAGCCAAGGAAUAA